UCCGCGCCAUGGACGACCUGCGGGUGCUGUGGAUGCGCGACCGCGUGUACGCCGCCUUCGGCCUCACCGACCCCCAGCUCUUCGAGGAGCUCUUGAGCCGCGACGACGGCGAGGCCGAGGACCACAUCCUGCACUUCCUCAACCAGACCACCGAGGAGGAGGGCGCCUCCACGCUCUUCUUCUACCGCACCGUGGUGCCCGAGGAGGUGGAACUGGAGAUCGAUGGUGAGACAGCUGUUCUGUCCGAAGAGGACGACGAAGACGAAGACACUGAUUCUCAAAACGUGGAAUCCGUGCCGAAAGUACCAGCUAAGAAUUUGCAGCUGGGAAGCAAUUCCAUAGCUCAGUCUUUGACCAGCAUAGAGAAUGAAGACGGGGCCAGUGACAUUUUGGAAAAGCCCUCCAAGAAAUCCAUGAAGUACAUUGUGGAGAAGAUGUACCUCCACGUGCUCUGCACCCCGGUUCCUGAGGAGUUUCUGGACCAGAAUGUGGUGUUUUUUCUCAGAAAUACGAAAGAGACGAUCUCUGAAGCCAGCUACAUGAAGGAGGCUGUGGAGACUAUGCCGGAGACGCUGGAGUAUGGAAUCAUACACAGUCGCGUGCUGCAUGUCCUGAAGGACAUCGUAUGCCAGGUUUUCCUGCCAGCAUUGUCCUUCAAUCAGCACAAGAUGGACGCGGCCGCAGGCCUGGUGUCUGGCGACGCCUCUGCUUCUGAGUAUGACAUGGCGGUCCCUAGCAUGCCUGGGGAAUCGGUAGAAUUUCACAGCAUUCAAUUAAUACGGGAUGAAUUUUUAAUGAACAUUCAGAAAUUUGCAAGUAGUAUUCAAAGAACAAUGCAGCAACUUGAAGGCGAGAUCAAGCUGGAGAUGCCAAGCAUCAGUCUGGAGGGCGAGGUGUCUGAUCUGGCCACUCAGCCGGAGACCGUGGAGGCGCUGGAGCAGUGUGUGAUAAACUGGCUCAGUCAGAUUUCGUCAGCCGUGGAGGGCCAGCUGAAGAAGACACCUCAGGGCAAUGGCCCUCUGGCCGAAAUCGAAUUCUGGAGGGAAAGAAAUGCCACCUUGAGUGCACUCCACGAGCAAAUGAAACUCCCGGUGGUCAGAAAGGUCCUGGAGGUGAUCAAGGAGGCGGAGUCCAUGCUGGUGGCCAACCUGCAGCCCGUGUUCCUGGAGCUGUUCAAGCUGCACAUGGAGGCCUCGGACAAUGUGCGCUUCCUGUCCACGGUAGAGCGGCACUUCAAGAACAUAACACACGGCGCCAGCUUCCACGUGGUCCUGGACACCAUCCCCUCCAUGAUGAGCGCGCUGCGGAUGGUGUGGAUCAUCUCGCGGCACUACAACAAAGACGAGAGGAUGAUCCCGCUCAUGGAGCGCAUCGCCUGGGAGAUCGCCGAGCGGGUCUGCAGGGUGGUCAACCUGCGCACGCUGUUCAAAGAAAACCGAGUGAGUGCACAGCACAAAACCCUGGAGGCCAAGAACACGCUCAAGAUGUGGAAAAAGGCCUAUUUUGACAUCCGGGCCAAGAUCGAGGCCUCGGGCAGGGAAGCUCGCUGGGAGUUUGACCGGAAACGGCUGUUCGAGAGGACGGAUUACAUGGCCACCAUCUGCCAGGACCUAUACGACAUUCUGCAGGUCAUGGAGGAGUUUUACAACAUAUUUGGCCCGGAACUAAAGGCCGUGACGGGGGAUCCCAAGCGCAUUGAUGAUGUCCUGUGUAGGGUGGAUGGCCUGGUCACCCCCAUGGAGAGCCUGACCUUCGACCCCUUUAGCAUCAAGUCCUCCCAGUACUGGAAAUACGUGAUGGAUGACUUCAAGAUCGAAGUUCUGGUCAUUGAGAAAGAAGCAAAAAAUUUUAUUGAUGAAUCUUUUAAGAAGCUUCGAUCAGCUGAAGCAGCCUUUGACAUGCUUUUAAAAUUUAAGCACAUUCGUUCACGGGAGGCUAUUAAUCGACAAAUGAUGAUGAAAUUUAACGACAUCCUGGCCCAGUAUUGCAAAGAGAUUGACAUAGUGAAUAAAAUCUUUGUCCAGAACCUCGAAAACCCGCCGCUGUACAAGAAUCACCCCCCGGUGGCGGGCGCCAUCUACUGGGAACGGUCUCUGUUCCAUCGCAUCAAGCACACCAUCCUCAGGUUUCAGGAAGUGGAGGAGAUACUGAACAGCGAGCGAGGGCAGGAGGUGAAGCAGAAAUACCUGGAAGUGGCCAAGACCAUGAAGGAGUACGAGGACAAGAAGUACGAGCAGUGGAAGGAGACGACGGAGCAGGUCCUCCCGAGCCUCAUGAAGAAGAGCCUGCUCACUAAGUCUUCGACCAGUGCUGAGGAGGCCACCUCCUUGGAGAAGGGCAGUGUCUUUACAAUCAACUUCUCCCCUGCUCUCAGAGAGAUUAUUAACGAGACCAAGUACUUGGAACAGCUGGGGUUCACUGUCCCCGAAUUAGCAAGAAACGUUGCUCUCCAGGAGGACAAAUUCCUCAGGUACACGGAUGGGAUCCAGCGGAUGUUGGAUCAUUACCACAUGCUCGUCGGGACACUGAACGAGGCGGAGACGGUCCUUCUGGACGACCACGCGCAGGAGUUAGUCAGAGUGUUUAGGUCUGGGUAUAAGCGGCUGAACUGGAACUCACUAGGUAUUGCUGACUACAUCACUCGGUGCAAACAGGCCAUCGGGAAGUUCGAGUCCCUGGUCCACCAGAUUCACAAAAAUGCAGAUGACAUUUCUUCCAGGCUUACAUUAAUAGAGGCUGUAAAUCUCUUUAAAUACCCAGCGCCCAAAAGUGACGAAGAGCUCCCAGGCGUGAAGGAAUUCUUCGAGCACAUUGAGCGAGAGCGGGCCAAGGACGUGGACCACAUGGUCCGGUGGUAUCUCGCCAUCGGGCCUCUGCUGACCAAGGUGGAGGGUCUGGUCAUCCACACCAACACGGGCAGGGCCCCCAAGCUGGCCUCCUACUACGAGUACUGGGAGAACAGGAUCUACGAGGUCCUGACGAAGCUCAUCCUGAAGAAUUUGCACUCGUUCAAUUCUUUAAUCCUUGGAAACGUCCCAUUGUUCCAAACGGAGACCAUUCUGACCGCCCCCGAGAUCAUCCUUCAUCCCAACGCAAACGAGAUCGACAAGAUGUGCGUCCACUCCGUCCGCAACUGCGUGGAGAUCACCAAGCACUUUGUCCGCUGGAUGAACGGCAGCUGCAUCGAGUGCCCUCCUCAGAAGGGCGAGGAGGAGGAAGUCGUUAUAAUAAGCUUUUACAACGACAUCUCCCUGAACCCCCAGAUAAUCGAACAAGCUGUCAUGGUCCCCCAAAACGUCCACAGGAUUCUGGUCAAUCUUAUGAAGUACCUGCAGAAGUGGAAGCGCUACCGACCGCUCUGGAAGCUGGACAAGGCCAUCGUGAUGGAGAAGUUUGCGGCCAGGAAGCCCCCGUGCGUGGCCUACGAUGAGAAGCUGCAGUUCUAUGCCAAGGUGGCCGCCGAGGUGAUGCGCCACCCUCUGGUCAAGGACGACCACUGCAUCAGGCUUCAGCUCGGACCUCUGGCAAGCACGGUGCAGGAAAAUGCCAAGUCCUGGGUGAUCUCGCUGGGCAAGCUCCUCAACGAGUCGGCGAGGGAGGAGCUGCAUAGUCUCCACGAAGAGAUGGAGCUCCUGUCCAAAAGCCUCAAGAAGAGCCCCAACACCCUCGAAGACCUCAAGUCUGUGCUCGCGACCAUUGCGGAAAUUAGAAGCAAAUCUUUGGUCAUGGAGCUGAGGUACAGGGAUGUGCAGGAGCGGUACCGCACCAUGGCCAUGUAUGACAUCCACCCACCUGAGGCAGAGCGGGAACUGGUCGAGCAGAUCGAGGACAUGUGGCUGGCCCUGUCCAACGACUCCGUGAACGCGGAGCACGCCCUGGGGGGCAUCAAGAGGACGUUCACAGAGAUCACUCGAGGCGAGAUAACGAACUACAGACAUCAGGUAGAGGAAUUCGCAACACGGUUUUAUAACGAAGGCCCAGGUUCUGUUGGUGACGAUCUCGAUAAAGGAGUAGAGCUCCUAGGCACUUUUGAAAGAGAGCUGGCGAAACACGAGAAGAACCGGCAGGAGUUGGCCAACGCCGAGAAGCUCUUCGACCUCCCGAUCACGAUGUACCCGGAGCUGCUCAAGGUGCAGAAGGAGAUGAACGGGCUGAGGAUGAUCUAUGAGCUCUACGAGGGGCUGAAGGCCGCCAAAGAAGAAUGGUCUCAGACCCUCUGGGUCAACCUGAAUGUCCAGUUCCUCCAAGAAGGCAUCGAGGGUUUCCUCAAGUCACUCAGGAAGCUGCCCCGGCCAGUCCGGGGCUUAUCGGUGGCGUACUAUUUGGAAUCGAGGAUGAAGGCAUUCAAAGACUCGAUUCCUUUACUUCUUGACUUGAAACACGAAGCCCUGAGAGACAGGCAUUGGAAAGAGCUGAUGGAAAAAACGUCCGUCUUUUUCGAAAUGACCGAAACAUUCACCUUGGAGAACAUGUUCGCCAUGGAGCUUCACAAGCACAAGGACGUCCUCAACGAGAUCGUCACGGCGGCCGUCAAGGAGGUCGCCAUCGAGAAGGCUGUGAAGGAGAUUCUGGACACCUGGGAAACUAUGAAAUUCACGGUGGUCAAGUAUUACAAAGGCACACAGGAGCGCGGCUCCAUCCUGGGGUCUGUGGACGAAAUCAUUCAGUGUCUCGAUGACAACACUUUCAACCUGCAAAGCAUCUCGGGAAGCAGAUUUGUGGGGCCUUUUCUGCAGACUGUUCACAAGUGGGAAAAAACAUUGUCUCUGAUCGGGGAAGUUAUUGAGAUUUGGAUGUUGGUUCAGAGAAAAUGGAUGUAUCUCGAAAGCAUUUUUAUUGGUGGAGAUAUAAGAUCACAACUUCCAGACGAGGCGAAAAAGUUCGACAACAUUGAUAGAGUGUUUAAGCGGAUCAUGAGUGAGACCUUAAAAGACCCCGUGAUCAAGAAAUGCUGCGAGGCCCCGAACCGCCUGAGCGACCUGCAGAACAUCAGCGAGGGCCUGGAGAAGUGCCAGAAGAGCCUCAAUGACUACCUGGACUCCAAGAGGAACGCCUUCCCCAGGUUCUUCUUCAUCUCGGACGACGAGCUGCUCAGCAUCCUGGGCAACAGCGACCCGCUGUGCGUGCAGGAGCACAUGAUCAAGAUGUAUGACAACAUAGCAAUGCUGAGGUUUCAUGACGGGGACAGCGGAGAGAAGCUGGUGUCUGCCAUGAUUUCGGCCGAAGGCGAAGUCAUGGAGUUCCGGAAGAUCGUUCGGGCAGAAGGCCGCGUGGAGGACUGGAUGACGGCCGUCCUGCAGGAGAUGCGAAGGACGAACAGACUGAUCACCAAAGAGGCCAUUUUCAGAUACUGCGAGAACGAAAGCCGAGUCGACUGGAUGCUCCGGUACCAAGGCAUGGUGGUGCUGGCCGCCUGCCAGGUGUGGUGGACGUGGGAGGUGGAGGACGUCUUCCGCAAAGUGCAGGGCGGGGAGAAGCAGGCCAUGAAGAACCACGGCCGGAAGAUGCACCGGCAGAUCGACGAGCUGGUCACCCGCAUCACCAUGCCCCUGAGCAAGAACGACCGGAAGAAGUACAACACGGUCCUCAUCAUCGACGUGCACGCCCGCGACAUCGUUGACUCAUUCAUAAGAAGCAGCAUCCUCGAGGCCCGGGAGUUCGAGUGGGAGAGCCAGCUGCGCUUUUACUGGGACCGGGAACCCGACCAGCUUAGCAUCCGCCAGUGCACAGGGACCUUCAGCUACGGCUACGAGUACAUGGGCCUGAACGGGAGGCUGGUCAUCACACCGCUCACGGACCGCAUCUAUCUGACACUCACGCAGGCGCUGUCCAUGUAUCUGGGUGGGGCCCCUGCCGGCCCGGCAGGAACCGGCAAAACGGAGACCACCAAGGACCUGGCAAAGGCCCUGGGCCUGCUGUGCGUCGUGACCAACUGCGGCGAGGGCAUGGAUUACAAAGCUGUCGGGAAGAUUUUCUCUGGCCUUGCGCAGUGCGGGGCCUGGGGCUGCUUCGAUGAGUUCAAUCGGAUCGACGCAUCCGUGCUAUCGGUGAUCUCGUCUCAGAUCCAGACGAUCCGGAACGCGCUGAUCCACCAGCUGACCACAUUCCAGUUCGAGGGGCACGAGAUCUCCCUGGACUCGCGCAUGGGCAUCUUCAUCACUAUGAACCCCGGCUACGCCGGCCGCACGGAGCUGCCUGAGUCGGUGAAAGCCCUGUUCCGGCCCGUGGUGGUGAUCGUGCCUGACCUGCAGCAGAUCUGCGAGAUCAUGCUCUUCUCCGAGGGCUUCCUGUGGGCCAAGACUCUGGCGAAAAAGAUGACCGUCCUGUAUAAGCUGGCCCGGGAGCAACUCUCCAAGCAGUACCACUAUGACUUUGGGCUCCGAGCCCUGAAGUCGGUGCUGGUCAUGGCUGGUGAGCUGAAGAGGGGCUCCUCUGAGCUCAGGGAGGAUGUGGUGCUGAUGCGGGCCCUGCGGGACAUGAACCUGCCCAAGUUUGUGUUCGAAGACGUCCCUCUUUUCCUGGGUUUGAUUUCCGACCUGUUUCCUGGGUUGGACUGCCCUCGCGUCCGCUACCCUGACUUCAACGGCGCAGUGGAGCAGGUGCUGGAGGAAAGUGGCUAUGUCGUCCUACCUGUUCAGGUGGAUAAAGUGGUUCAAAUGUUUGAGACCAUGCUAACCCGCCACACGACAAUGGUGGUGGGGCCCACAGGAGGUGGCAAGUCAGUGGUCAUUAAUGCUCUGUGUCAGGCCCAGACCAAGCUUGGGCUGGUGACAAAGUUAUAUAUCCUGAACCCCAAGGCUGUGAGUGUCAUAGAACUGUAUGGCAUCCUGGACCCUGUCACCCGAGACUGGACAGAUGGAGUAUUGUCAAACAUCUUCAGGGAAAUCAACAAGCCGACGGAUAAGAAGGAGCGGAAGUAUAUUUUGUUUGAUGGUGACGUGGAUGCUCUGUGGGUAGAAAACAUGAACUCCGUGAUGGACGACAACAAGCUGUUGACUUUGGCCAACGGGGAGCGCAUCCGCCUACAAGCACACUGUGCUCUGCUCUUUGAGGUUGGAGAUUUACAGUACGCCUCCCCUGCAACCGUGUCUCGAUGUGGAAUGGUUUAUGUGGAUCCUAAAAACUUGAAAUAUCAACCGUACUGGAAAAAAUGGGUUAAUAAAAUACAAAACAAGGUGGAGCAAAGCACUUUAGAUAGUCUCUUUGAUAAAUACGUGCCGUACCUCAUCGACGUGAUCGUGGAAGGAAUAGUGGAUGGAAGGCAGGGAGAGAAGCUGAAGACGAUCGUUCCUCAGACGGACCUGAAUAUGGUCACCCAGUUAACCAAGAUGCUGGAUGCUCUACUCGAAGGAGAGCUGGAGGACGGCGAUCUGCUGGAGUCCUUCUUCCUGGAGGCGCUCUACUGCUCUCUGGGCGCCUCCCUGCUGGCCGACGCCAGGGUCCAGUUCGACGAGUGUGUCAAGCGCAUCGCCUCCUUGUCUACAGUUGAUACAGAGGAGGUUUGGGCCGGCCCUGGGGAAUUGCCAGGUCAGCUCCCCACCUUGUACGACUUCCACUUUGACACCACACGGUAUCAGUGGAUCCCAUGGAGUGAGUUAGUGCCAGAGUACAUUCACUCCCAGGAGAGGAGAUUCAUCGACAUCCUGGUUCAUACGGUGGAUACGACUCGCACCACCUGGAUGUUGGAACAAAUGGUUAAAAUUAAGCAGCCUGUUCUUUUGGUUGGUGAAUCUGGCACUUCGAAGACAGCCACGACCCAGAACUUCCUCAGAAAUCUGAAUGAAGAGACUAAUAUGGUGCUAAUGGUCAACUUCUCCUCCCGCACCACAUCCAUGGAUAUCCAAAGAAAUUUAGAAGCAAAUGUGGAAAAGCGAACUAAAGACACUUAUGGCCCUCCCAUGGGAAAACGCCUUCUGGUGUUCAUGGACGACAUGAACAUGCCAAAGGUAGAUGAAUACGGCACGCAGCAGCCAAUCGCCUUGCUGAAGCUGCUGUUGGAGAAAGGCUACUUAUACGACCGCGGGAAGGAGCUGAACUGUAAAAGCAUCCGAGACCUGGGCUUCAUCGCUGCGAUGGGGAAGGCCGGUGGAGGCCGCAAUGAAGUUGACCCGAGAUUUAUUUCGUUAUUCAACGUCUUCAAUGUACCCUUUCCUUCAGAGGAAUCUUUGCAUUUAAUUUAUUACUCCAUCCUGAAAGGCCAUACCUCGACAUUCCACGAGAGCAUCAUGGCCGUGAGUGACAAGCUGACGUCCUGCACUCUGGCGCUUUACAAAAUCAUCGUUCAGGACCUGCCCCCGACCCCCUCCAAGUUCCAUUACAUCUUUAACCUUCGCGAUCUCUCUCGGGUUUAUAACGGCCUCCUCCUCACUAACCGGGAUCGGUUCCAGACCGUGGCCCAGAUGGUGAGAGUCUGGAGGAACGAGUGUCUGAGAGUCUUCCACGACCGGCUGACCAACGAGACCGACAAGCUGCUGGUGCAAGGGCACAUCGGGAGUUUGGUCGUGGAGCACUUUAAGGAUGACGUGGAGACAGUGAUGAGGGACCCCAUACUCUUCGGCGACUUCCGGACGGCCCUGCAGGAAGGGGAAGCGCGCGUGUACGAAGACAUCCAGGACUACGAGGCGGCCAAGGCUCUGUUCCAGGAAAUUCUUGAGGAGUAUAAUGAAAGCUAUGCCAGAAUGAACUUGGUUCUCUUUGACGAUGCCCUGGAGCAUUUGACCCGCGUGCACCGCAUCAUUCGGAUGGACCGUGGCCACGCCCUGCUGGUCGGCGUCGGGGGCUCCGGGAAGCAGUCUCUGGCGAGGCUGGCCGCCUUCACGGCCGACUGUGAGGUGUUCGAGAUCCUGCUGAGCCGAGGCUACUCUGAGAACAACUUCCGGGACGACCUGAAGAGCCUCUACCUGAAGCUGGGGAUCGAGAACAAAACGAUGAUCUUCCUGUUCACGGACGCGCACGUGGCCGAGGAGGGCUUCCUGGAGCUCAUCAACAACAUGCUGACCUCAGGAAUCGUGCCUGCGCUUUUCCCCGAAGAGGAGAAGGAGUCUAUUCUCAGUCAGAUUGGACAGGAAGCCCUGAAGCAUGGCAUGGGGCCAGCCAAGGAGUCUGUGUGGCAGUUCUUCGUGAACAAAAGUGCUAACAACCUGCACAUCGUCCUGGGCAUGUCGCCCGUGGGGGACACCCUGAGGACCCGGUGCAGGAACUUCCCAGGUCUGGUGAAUAAUACUGGAAUCGACUGGUUCAUGCCCUGGCCUUCCCAAGCCCUGCACGCGGUCGCUAAGUCAUUUUUAGGAGAUAACCCGAUGAUCCCGGCAGAGAGUAUGGAAGGCCUCGUGGAACACGUCGUCUUGGUCCACCAGUCUGUGGGCGAGUUCAGCAAGCAGUUCCUGCAGAAGCUGAGACGCAGCAACUACGUAACUCCCAAGAACUACCUGGACUUUAUUCACACAUACUCAAAACUGCUGGACGAGAAGACUCAGUACAACAUAGCGCAGUGCAAGCGUCUGGAGGGGGGGCUGGACAAGCUGAAGGAGGCCACCAUCCAGCUGGAUGAGCUGAACCAGAAGCUGGCCGAGCAGAAGAUCGUGCUGGCCGAGAAGUCCGCUGCCUGUGAGGCCCUGCUGGAGGAGAUCGUUGCCAACACAGCCAUCGCGGAGGAGAAGAAGAAGCUGGCGGAGGAGAAGGCCGCGGAGAUAGAGGAGCAGAACAAGGUCAUCGCGGUGGAGAAGGCCGAGGCCGAGACGGCCCUGGCCGAGGUCAUGCCCAUCCUGGAGGCUGCAAAGCUGGAGCUGCAGAAGCUGGACAAGUCGGAUGUGACCGAGAUCAGGUCGUUCGCGAAGCCCCCGAAGCAGGUGCAGACGGUCUGCGAGUGCAUCCUGAUCAUGAAGGGCUACCGGGAGCUCAACUGGAAGACCGCCAAGGGCAUGAUGUCCGACCCCAACUUCCUCCGCUCUCUGAUGGAGCUCGACUUCGACGCCAUUUCCCAGAGCCAGGUUAAAAACAUCAGAGGGCUCUUGAAGACUCUCAACACCACGACCGAAGAGAUGGAAGCCGUGAGCAAAGCCGGGCUGGGGAUGCUGAAGUUCGUGGAAGCCGUAAUGGGCUACUGCGAUGUGUUCCGUGAGAUCAAGCCCAAGAGGGACAAGGUGGCCAGGCUGGAGCGGAAUUUCUACCUAACUAAACGGGAACUAGAAAGGAUCCAGAGCGAGUUGGCAGCGAUCCAGAGAGAGCUGGAAGCCUUGGGCGCCAAAUACGAGGCCGCCAUACUGGAAAAGCAAAAGCUGCAGGAGGAAGCCGAGAUCAUGGAGCGGCGGCUGAUCGCGGCCGACAAGCUCAUCUCGGGUCUCGGCUCCGAGAACGUCAGGUGGCUGAACGACUUGGACGAGCUGAUGCACCGGCGUGUGAAGCUGCUGGGGGACUGCCUGCUGUGUGCAGCCUUCCUGAGCUACGAGGGCGCGUUCACCUGGGAGUUCCGCGACGAGAUGGUCCACCAAGUUUGGCAGAGUGACCUCCUGCAGCGGGAGAUCCCCCUGAGCCAGCCGUUCCGCCUGGAAGGCCUGCUCACGGAUGACGUCGAGAUCAGCAGGUGGGGCUCCCAGGGCCUGCCUCCCGACGAGCUUUCCGUGCAGAAUGGCAUCCUGACCACCCGGGCCAGCCGCUUCCCCCUCUGCAUCGACCCCCAGCAGCAGGCCCUCAACUGGAUCAAGAGGAAGGAGGAGAAAAACAACCUGCGGGUGGCCUCCUUCAACGACCCGGACUUCCUCAAGCAGCUGGAGAUGGCCAUAAAGUACGGGACCCCGUUCCUGUUCCACGACGUGGACGAGUACAUCGACCCCGUGAUCGACAACGUGCUGGAGAAGAACGUCAGGGUCUCCCAGGGACGGCAGUUCAUCAUCCUGGGUGACAAGGAGGUGGACUACGACUCCGGCUUCAGGCUGUACCUCAACACCAAGCUGGCCAACCCCAGCUACUCCCCGUCGGUGUUCGGGAAGGCCAUGGUGAUCAACUACACGGUCACCCUGAAGGGCCUGGAGGACCAGCUGCUGAGCGUGCUGGUGGCCUACGAGCGGCGGGAGCUGGAGGAGCAGCGAGAGCACCUCAUCCAGGAGACCAGCGAGAACAAGAACCUGCUCAAGGACCUGGAGGACUCGCUGCUGCGGGAGCUGGCCACCUCCACCGGGAACAUGCUGGACAACGUGGAGCUUGUGCACACGCUGGAGGAGACCAAGUCCAAGGCCACCGAGGUGUCGGAGAAGCUCAAGCUGGCGGAGAAGACAGCCCUGGACAUCGACAGACUGCGGGACGGCUACCGGCCGGCGGCCAGGAGGGGGGCCAUCCUGUUCUUCGUGCUGUCCGAGAUGUCCCUGGUGAACUCCAUGUACCAGUACUCCCUGAGCGCCUUCCUGGAGGUCUUCGGGCUGUCGCUCAAGAAGUCGCUGCCCGACUCCAUCCUCAUGAAGCGCCUGCGGAACAUCAUGGACACGCUGACCUUCAACAUCUACAACUACGGGUGCACAGGGCUGUUCGAGAGGCACAAGCUGCUCUUCUCCUUUAACAUGACCAUCAAGAUAGAGCAAGCAGAAGGGAGGAGCCCUCAGGAGGAGCUGGACUUCUUCUUAAAAGGAAACAUUUCCCUGGAGAAGAGCAAGCGGAAGAAGCCCUGCACGUGGCUGCCUGACCAGGGCUGGGAGGACAUCAUCCUUUUGUCAGAGUUGUUUCCAGACAAGUUCCAGCACCUUCCUGAUGAUGUGGAGGCCCACCAUGCUCUCUGGCAGGAGUGGUAUGACCUGGACUCCCUCGAGCAGUUCCCAUUCCCCUUGGGCUACGAUGGCAACAUCACCCCUUUCCAGAAGCUGCUCAUGCUGCGCUGUUUCCGUGUGGACCGGGUGUAUCGUGCGGUGACUGACUACGUCACGGUGACAAUGGGAGAGAAGUACGUGCAGCCCCCGAUGAUCAGCUUCGAAGCCAUCUUCGAGCAGAGCACCCCCAACUCGCCCAUCGUGUUCAUCCUCAGCCCCGGCUCCGACCCUGCCAGCGACCUGAUGAAGCUGGCCGACCGCAGCGGCUUUGGGGGAAAUCGCCUCAAGUUCCUUGCGAUGGGGCAAGGCCAAGAGAAGUUGGCGCUGCAGCUGCUGGAGACGGCGGUGGCCCGCGGGCAAUGGCUGAUGCUACAGAACUGCCACCUCCUGGUCAGGUGGCUGCGGGAUCUGGAGAAGGCGCUGGAGAGGAUCACCAAGCCCCACCCCGACUUCCGCCUGUGGCUCACCACGGACCCCACCAAGGGCUUCCCCAUCGGGAUUCUGCAGAAGUCCUUAAAGGUGGUCACCGAGCCGCCCAACGGACUGAAGCUGAACCUGAGGGCUACAUACUUCAAGAUCUCGCACGACAUGCUAGAGCAGUGCCCACACCCUGCCUUCAAGGCCCUGGUCUACGUGCUGGCCUUCUUCCACGCCGUGGUGCAGGAGAGGAGGAAGUUUGGGAAGAUCGGCUGGAACGUGUACUACGACUUCAACGAGUCCGACUUCCAGGUCUGCAUGGAAAUUCUGAACACGUACUUGACGAAAGCCUUCCAGCAACACGACCCUCGGAUCCCCUGGGGCAGCCUCAAGUACCUCAUCGGAGAGGUCAUGUAUGGAGGACGGGCCAUCGACAGCUUCGACCGUCGCAUCCUGACCAUCUACAUGGAUGAGUACCUGGGAGACUUCAUUUUUGAUACUUUCCAGCCGUUCCACUUCUUCCAGAAUAAGGAAGUGGACUAUAACAUCCCCGCUGGUAACGAAAAGGAGAAGUUCGUUGAAGCCAUUGAAGCCCUCCCGCUCGCCAACACACCCGAAGUGUUCGGCCUUCACUCCAACGCGGAGAUUGGGUAUUACACACAGGCGGCUCGAGACAUGUGGUCCCACCUGCUGGAGCUGCAGCCGCAGACGGGGGAGUCCAGCAGCGGCAUCAGCCGUGACGAUUACAUCGGCCAAGUGGCCAAGGACAUAGAGAACAAGAUGCCCAAGGUCUUCGAGCUGGACCAGGUCCGGAAGCACCUGGGCAUCGGGAUCUCGCCCACAUCGGUGGUGCUCUUGCAGGAGCUGGAGCGCUUCAACAAGCUGGUGGUCCGGAUGAGCAGGUCUCUGGCCGAGCUGCAGAGGGCCUUGGCCGGGGAGGUGGGAAUGAGCAGCGAGCUGGACGAUGUCGCCAGGUCCCUCUUCAUCGGGAACAUCCCUGAUAUCUGGAGGAAGCUCGCCCCUGACACCUUGAAGUCCCUUGGAAAUUGGAUGGUCCACUUCCAGCGGCGGUUCAGCUGGAAGCCACCCUCGGUCACCGAGAGUGAGCCCAGCGUGGUGUGGCUCUCGGGCCUGCACAUCCCAGAGUCCUACCUCACGGCCCUGGUGCAGGCCACCUGCCGGAGGAACGGCUGGCCGCUGGAUCGCUCCACCUUGUUCACGCAGGUGACUAAGUUCCAAGAUGCAGAGGAAGUGAACGAGCGGGCAGGACAAGGCUGCUUCGUGUCGGGGCUGUACCUUGAAGGUGCUGACUGGGAUGUGGACAGAGGAUGUCUCGUCAAGAGCAAACCCAAGGUGCUGGUUGUGGACCUGCCGAUUCUGAAGAUCAUCCCCAUCGAAGCCCACCGCCUCAAGCUGCAGAACACCUUCCGGACUCCCGUCUACACCACCUCCAUGAGGAGAAACGCCAUGGGGGUCGGCUUGGUCUUCGAAGCUGACCUCUUCACGACGAGGCACGUUUCUCACUGGGUGCUACAAGGGGUGUGCCUCACCCUGAACUCAGACUAGCCGUGGGAGGACACCCGAGCCCGAGUGAGCGGGCCGUGCAGGGUGGAAGAGGAGGCGCCUGCUCACCAGGGGACUUCCCUUGCAUUGGAAGUCGGCCAUUUUCAUUUUUCCGUACGAACUAGCCAGAAGGGUUUUGUUUUCAAACUACUUUUUCAAGCAUUCUGUGUGUUCAAAAAGUAAACGCUAGAGAGCCUCUGGAGAGGGGCUGCUGUCCUUGUCCUCGGCAGAGGGGACUCCUGGGAGCGGAGAGCGGGGGGCCUGGGCCAGGCGAGAACCUGCUGCGGUCUCCAGGGUGUCUGCGGUCUGUUUGGGCAGCCUGCUCCAAAGGCAGCCGGGUGGGGUCGUAGAGCACCCCGUCCCGGGGUGACACCCAGCACUGGCCCUCUGGAGCUCUCUGGGCCCCAGGCACCAGGAAGCUGGAACUUGGUACUUAACUCCCCAUGAGCACCCACCCCGGCCUGUAGGGCCUGCGUGGGCUCCAGGCAGACUCAGAGCCAGCAGGCCAGGAAGCCGCUGCGUCCCCUGCUCUG